UUAAAAUAGCCACCUGCAGGGCAAUCUCCUUGUGGCUCUGUGGGGGCUUUCCCAAGGAAAAGAGUCAAAGCUGGGGUGGGGAGAACAGGAGGUUGGCUUGAGGAAUGACAGGGAAGGGAUUCUGCCACUGUCUAGGACCAGCCUCACCUCUGUGGAGCUCUAAACCUUGGCAGCUCUCCGAUCAGAUCACUUUCCUCGGGCAUCCAAAUGAAGGGCUGAAGGGGAAUGGAAGAAGUUGGUAACUCCCGAACUGCUUCUGGCCUUCCUCAGUCCUCACAGUGAGUGAUGAGAUAUCAGCUACCCUCCCCAUUUCACAGAUAGUUCCCCAGGAGUUCAGGGGGUUUAAGAGACUCUGGUCCCUGGUCAGCCAGUUCCCUUCCAAACUGCCCCUGUGCCUCUUGUUUGGGCCUUGCUCAGAGCCACAGUAGUUCCAUGCUGAGAGGAUAAUCAGUUCCGUCCCCAAGCUCAGGACCAGCAUGGAAAACGCUGACUGGCCGGGGCCAUCUUUCCAGUCACAGCAGGACUCUGGCAGCUACCCGCCAGGCUCACAACCCUCCUCCAGGAGAAGGUGGGCCCAAAGCAGGUGGGAGGAAGGAGGGUGUCGGAGGGAAGCCCAGUCAUCCUGGAGCCUAGCCCGUACUCAGUUUCGCAGCCCCAGACGGGGACUUGAGAGCCUGCGGGCAUUGUCCAGGACUUGGAGAUAGAGUGAUCUGGGGCCCCUUUGGCAGAGACGGGGGUGGCGCUGCGGGCGCAUGCCCCAGACACGCCCUAUGAUAAUCGCUCCAGGGAUCGGUCACCGAACUUAGUCUUGCGCGCCACUGGCCAGGUCCGUGCGACAGGUCCCACUUCCUCGCCCGAGUGGGGUCUCGCCGGGCCCCCUCCGCGAUCCCCUCCUAUGCCUUGGAAUGUUCCAGAGGGUCGGUUUCCUGUGCGGGUGAAUUCGGUGCCCAGCGCCUCUCCUCUGCCUCCUCCCUCCCCGCUGCCCGGACACCCCAGGUCGCUCAGUCCCCGCCACACUCUCAUCGCCCCCGCGCGCCCGGGAGCAGUCUCCCCGCCCCGCGCCGCUGCCCUAGGGCUCCCGGCGCCCCGCAGCCAGGGCCCCGCUGCGCCUGCUUCGCCCCAAGAGCCGUGUCCACCGGAGUCCCCGGGGCCAUGAGUCUCUGCGCUGUGUCCCACCGCCCCACCGGUGCCGCUGCGGCGCUGGGGCUCGGUAGCCUCUUGAUGCUGCUCGGGCCGGGACGCGCGUGCCCCGCGGGCUGUGCCUGCACCGAUCCCCACACCGUGGACUGCCGUGAUCGUGGGCUGCCCAGCGUGCCCGAUCCCUUCCCCUUGGACGUGCGCAAGCUGCUAGUGGCCGGCAACCGAAUCCAGCAGAUCCCCGAGGACUUCUUCAUCUUCCACGGAGACCUGGUCUAUCUGGAUUUCAGGAACAACUCGCUGCGCUCGCUGGAGGAGGGCACGUUCAGCGGCUCCGCCAAGCUGGCCUUCCUGGACCUGAGCUACAACAACCUUACCCAGCUGGGCGCCGGCGCCUUCCGCUCGGCGGGGAGGCUGGUCAAGCUGAGUCUGGCCAACAACCACCUGGCCGGUGUGCACGAAGCCGCCUUCGAGAGCCUGGAGUCGCUGCAGGUGCUGGAACUCAACGACAACAACCUGCGCAGCCUCAACGUGGCAGCUUUGGAUGCUCUGCCCGCGCUGCGCACUGUGCGCCUGGACGGGAACCCCUGGCUAUGCGACUGUGACUUCGCCCACCUCUUCUCAUGGAUUCAAGAGAAUGCAUCCAAACUGCCCAAAGGCCUUGAUGCCAUCCAGUGCUCACUGCCCAUGGAGGACCGGAGGGUGGCCCUGCGGGAGCUGUCAGAAGCCAGUUUUAGUGAGUGUAAGUUCAGCCUGUCCCUCACAGACCUAUUCAUCAUCAUCUUCUCGGGGGUGGCUGUGUCCAUCGCUGCCAUCAUCUCCAGCUUCUUCCUGGCCACUGUGGUACAGUGUUUCCAGAGGUGCACCCCUAACAAGGACACAGAUGAUGAGGACGAUGAUGAGGAUGACUGAGCUACCUCCUCCUGCUCUUUGCUUUCCUACACCCAGCUAGUGGUACCUCUCCAAGGGAGACAGAGAUGCUGAAGACAGAAGCAUCGCAUCACUCCAGGCAGUGAAAGGGAUGGCGCUUGCCUAGAUGCACCUGCUGACAGCCGAUCCCAGAGCAUAGAAUCAGCAGAGUAGAGAUGCAGGAAGGAUGGAGAGAUUCAUUCCUGAGCAGAGCCCACCUACCAGACUGGGGCAUUCAUGUGUGUGAAGAUAAUCAAGUCAGGCUUCAUGGCUUACAGCUUUACAACCUUCCCAAGCUGAAGUGAGAGCUCACAGCUUUUGACCUCAGAGGUGUUUGUGCCGUUCUGAUUACAAGCUGCACUAUGGACCAUGAAUCAUGUUCCUCCUAAAAGACAGCAGAGUUCUCAGUGGAGAUUCAAGUUCUGCUCAUUCUCCAUGGAAGCAGGAACUCUUUUUCUCUCUAAAAGGUCCCAGCAGCUUUGGGAUGUUAGACCAAGAACAAGCAAAUGUACAUGCAAUAGACAACAUCCGUGUCUCCCCUACAUUGCUGUGUUAAUGCCCAAUACCCAAUAUGAUGAAUGUGAGCUGAUGUGAGAUGACCUUGGACCAGCAACACUGAGCUGGGCUUCGGGGCUGAGAUACCUAGUCAGAGGUUCAGAAGAAGUUCCUGAGGAUGUUUUAGGGACCCACUCCUUCAGGGUGAUUUGAAGGGGCCCUUUGGAUAUGACUUGGUCAUGAGAACGAACUCAUUCUGAGUGCAAUUAGUGCCCUUAGAAUAAGAACUCUGGAGACCUCGCUGCUCCUUCUACUUCUCCAGGUGAGGAGCCAGUGAGAGAUCUGUGAACCGGGGAAGUGGUCUCUCACAGGAACUCAACCCUGUUGGUACACCAGCCUCCAACUUCUAGCCUCCAGAACUGUGAGAAAUAAAUGUUUGUUAUUUAUAAACCA